GUCUAGCACCGUUGAGUUCCUACUCGGUCCCGCCUACUUGGAUGAAUUCCUGCAAUCUUUUGAUGCAGUGCAUAUCUUCCAGCAUGCACGUCGUCGACAACAACGAACCAGCAACCCGUCGGAACGACACGGUAUGGGAAGGACACUAUGACGCGGCUAUUCCUGCUUCAGGCUGGGAGUUGCAGGCAAUCCUCCACAUUCUCGAACCCGAUGACGCCGCUCGAAGCUACACGUACGACCGACAGCUGCCACGAAUACGUUGCCAACGCUCCGGAGAGCCGUUCCGCUCGCAGCUACUGUCAUACGGCUGCCCAUAGCAUUCGCCUUCCUUCUGUCCCUCGGCAUGAUGCUCAAGAUUAGCGGGGGACAUGCCUUUUUCCAAUAAGCCUGCGGAUGUCGAAGACAGGAUAUGCAGGAA